AAUCGCUUCCACCAAAAACAAAGAGGGCAUUAUGGUAAAUCGACCACUCACAACCUUCCUUGCCCGAUCCCCGUCUUCCUAUCCUCUUUAGAAAAUAAAAAAUAAAAAAACCAGUAAGAAAAAAAUUCCGCAAUCUGAUCCAAGAAUUAUCCUAUCUCCGCAACCAAACAAAUACCAAAGGAAAGGAUGUCCUCCAAUUUCAGUGGCGAUGAAACUGCUCCUUUCUUCGGCUUCCUGGGAGCCGCCGCUGCUCUCGUCUUCUCUUGUAUGGGGGCGGCGUAUGGAACAGCGAAGAGUGGGGUGGGAGUGGCCUCAAUGGGAGUGAUGAGGCCAGAGCUUGUGAUGAAAUCUAUAGUUCCAGUGGUUAUGGCUGGGGUUUUGGGUAUUUAUGGAUUGAUUAUAGCUGUUAUUAUUAGUACUGGAAUCAACCCCAAAGCAAAAUCUUAUUAUUUGUUUGAUGGGUAUGCACACUUGUCAUCUGGCCUCGCUUGUGGCCUCGCUGGCCUUUCUGCUGGAAUGGCCAUAGGGAUUGUCGGCGAUGCUGGAGUCAGGGCUAACGCACAACAGCCUAAGCUCUUUGUUGGUAUGAUUCUUAUCCUCAUUUUUGCGGAAGCACUUGCUCUCUAUGGACUCAUUGUGGGGAUCAUCCUUUCAUCCCGAGCUGGUCAAUCUCGCGCAGAAUAAAGAACGCCAAACUCCAAAAAGCUGUUUUUUUUUUAAUCUUAUUUUAUAUUCUUUAAAGUUGGAAAUGUAUAAUCAGAAGUUGAAUUUAAAUACAUGAGAUCCCCCCCACCCCGCCUUAUAGUUCUAUUGAGUUUGAUGAACUCUCUGGAUAUGUUGUGUCUGAUCAAGAUUAUGGAACUGAACUCUUUUCCAAACA